AUGAAAGACCCCCAAUUCACUUUAGGCAUGACCUUUUCAACAAAAAAUCAAUUUAGAGAAGCUGUGCAGAACUAUGCUUUCAAUAAUGGCAAGGAAAUUAAAACUUUGAAAAAUGACAACUUGAGAUGCAUUGUUACAUGUACACAUGAGGGUUGCCCAUGGAGAAUAGGACUGAGGAAAGUACUGAACUCAUCAUCAUGGAGGAUUUUAAACAUGAAUGAUGAACAUGAAGGCUGUUUUUGGGUUUGGGAAAACAAAAUGGUGAAAUCUACUAUUGUUGCUAAAAGGUGGGCAACUGAAUUAAAAGACCACCCUGAUUGGAUGAUGAGGAAGUUCAAGGAUAAGGUGUGCAGUAAAGAGGGAUUUUAUGUUAGUGAUCAACAAGCCUAUAGGGAAAUCUGGAAGGCAAGGAAGUUAAGAGUGAGCAAUGAGGAGGACAAUUUCAAGAGGAUAUGGAGUUACUGUGCAGAAGUUGAAAGAACAAACCCUAGAACAACAUGUCUUGUGCAAACAAUUCCCUCGGGUGAUCAAAGUGGUCAUGAAAGAUUUUUGAGAAUGUAUGUUUGUUGGGCAGCUUGCAAGCAGGGAUUCAAACACUGUAGAGGACUGAUAGGUGUAGAUGGCUGUCACCUUAGAGGUGUAACUGGUGGGAUGAUUUUGACUGCUGUAGGUGUAGAUGCAAAUGACAGUGUAUUUCCAAUAGCAUAUGCUAUUGUAGAAGGAGAGAAAAGGGAGUCUUGGAAGUGGUUCCUAACACUUUUGAAAGAUGAUUUGGAGAUCACACCAAGUAGGGAGGAUGAAAUCUGUUUCAUUAGUGACAAACAGAAGGGGUUACUUCCAGCUUUUGGUGAGGUGCUAUCAGGUGUUCAGCACCGAUUCUGUGUUAGACACUUGCAUGCGAAUAUGAAGGUAGCAGCCAUAAGCAAGCUGAGGGGAUUAGAUGAGGAUGCAUACCAAUGGUUAGGUGAUAAGAGUCCAACUGAAUGGUACAGAUCACACUUCUCUACAAACACUAGAUGUGACAUGUUGGUCAACAACAUAUGUGAGUCAUGGAAUUCUAAGUUGUUGGAUGCAAGAGACAAACCAAUCAUAGACUGCCUAGAGGUUAUAAGGAAACAAUUGAUGGCUAGAUUUUAUGACCAAAGACAGAAAGCAACAGAAUGGAAGACUUUGAUAUGCCCUGCCAUUGUGAAGAAGUUGAAACCAAUUGAGAAGGAGGCUGCAGGGUACUUGGCCACACAAUGUGAUCACUUCAAAUUUGAGGUUGGACAGCUUUAUGGGGAUCAACAAGAAGUUGAUUUGGAAAGGAAAGAAUGUUCUUGUAGGAAGUGGCAGCUAACUGGAUUCCAUGCAAGCACGCCCUAUGUGCAAUUUGGAAGAAAUAUGGCAAGGGUGCAGUGUUUGAUUAUGUCCAUCCCUGUUACUCAAAGCAAACUUAUCUGGAAAUAUAUAGUGGAACUAUCAACCCCAUGGCAGGUUGGGAGGCCAAAGAAACUGAGGAAAAAAUCAGCAGAUGAAUUGAGUCAAGAUAGCCUGAAAGUUUGUAGAAAGCAUAUCCCACUCCAUUGCUCUGUGUGUAGAGAAGCUGGACACAAUAGCAGAAAAUGUCCUUCAAAUCCUAAUAAAAAGCAGCAACAGUUUGACAGCAGCAGUGGAUUUGGAGAACAGCAGCAGCAGGUUGACAGCAGUGGAUUUGGAGCACAGCAGCAACAGGUUGACAUCAGUGAAAUAGGAGAGACUCAGCAGCAGUUUGAUAGCACUAAAGAGCAGCAGCAGCAGCAGGAAGAACUAGGAUCCUCCAGCAGCCAAUUGAAGUCUAAGAUGGGAACCAAAGUCAAGCAAUCCAACCGCAAGAAGCCAUAUUACACAAAGAGCAAGACUAUGUUCAAGUCCAAGUACUUUGGCAACAAGGGUGACCCAAUAGACCUUGAAUGA